GCAAAUACACGCCUCCAGGAUAAAAAGUCCACACAAGUGUCGGUGAGGAGCAGACGACACUGGCGAGGUGAAGAGGCUCUAUUGUGGCUUAUUUAGUUGUUAUUUGGCUUUCUAAACGUUAAGUGUUGGCCGCUUUUGUGAAGAAAAAGGGAGUGAAAUUUAAACCAAACGCCGUCACUCUUACUGGCUAAUUAGCUGAACUGGCAGCAGGUGUGAUUCAUGUCUAUAUUUCCCCAGACUAAUUCAGAUCAGUGUUUGUGCCCCGCCAAGAUAUGACUGAGGUGAUGAUCAACAGCACUCCCAUGGACGACAUGAGGCUCAGUCCCACCAAGGACAGGCUCUCCUUCCAGAUAUUCCCCGACCCAUCCGACUUUGAGCGCUGCUGCAAGCUCAAAGACCGCCUGCCGUCUAUCGUGGUGGAGCCCACUGAGGGCGAGGUCGAGAGCGGGGAGCUCCGCUGGCCUCCGGAGGAGUUUCUGGUUAGCGUGGAAGAUGACGAUGACGAAGAAGAACAAAACGGCAUCAUCCAAAACGGACAAGCUACCCCGACAUCCCAGCGCUAGGUCUCUCGGAUGAAUAUCUCCCUUUUUCACGCACUGGUCACGCCGCACCUUUUUUAAACCUCCAGCAGACGUAACAUGGCGGCCAUCUUGCCACCCUGCAAAAGAGAAGCAAUACACACUUUCACAUGAAGAGACUGCCACCCUUUUUUCACCCACACUUGCAUCGCCUCAAGACCGGGUGUCGCUCUAUGGACAGCUCUUACACUGGUUGGGGGAGAGGAGAGAGGGGGGGUUCUUUAGUCAAAGAUGGCCCCUGAAAACCGAACUUGCCUACAAUACCCGUGUUCACUCUCCUGGAUUGGUGUCGUGUUUGUGAUUGUUGCCACUGUCCAUAGAGUUGUCUCUUUGCAAAUGUUUUGUGAUGUGGGUGUAAAAUGUUCGGAGGAUUUUUUUUUUUUUUUUUUUUUUUUAAUGGUCCUGCAUUUGGAAAUUCAAAAGUGUUUAGGGAAGUGAGCAAGAGCGAAAGAAAUGGGGUCUACAUGUAGACAAGGUUUUGCCAUUUGCCCAGAUUAUGGGGGAAUUUACUUUUUUUUUUUCUAAGUAAAUUCUUGGGCAUCGAGCAAUGUAAGAAAUUAGAACGUGUAAAUAAUUCGGUCCCUGUAAGCCAGAAGUUGUCAUUGUUGAUUCUAAUUGGUUGAAUUGGAUUGGUCCAUUUGGUCUUCCUGUUUUUCAAAUGCAGCCAUACUUUUUCACAAUGUACUAUAGGUGUUAAAAAAAAAAAACAGUUCAUUGACUCUACUUUAUGGCGUCGUCUUUCAUCCAAUCUCCAUGUCCGACAAUUUUCCUUUCACUUUGUGUCCACAAGCAUGACUAUUAGUUAUAUUAAGGGGUGGGUUCCUUUUACAUUUGUGUGGCAUUAGGGCUGUGUACAGGACUUUUUUUUUUUUUUCCCCCUCAUGUCCCAUGUUUUUGUAAAGCUCAGGGAGAUUAGCUGCCAUCUUUCUUUUUUUGUAUUUAGACCACUUUUUUCUCUGACCGUAACAGAGGCUGUAAAUAAACUUGGAAUUUGCUAAACUGUG